AUGAACUGUCUUUGCACCUGUUGCAAGAGGAAGCGCAAGCCCCUCGGGGUUCAUUAUCGAGGAUCAUGUUGCUUCCCGUCCCCGCCGAACCGAAUUCGUGGAGCUUUGUUUCUCACCAGCUGUCAGGUCCACCAGAAGCAGGGGCAGCCAGCCGGGCGAUCCGAGUGUUUCCUGGCUUUGAUGCGAUCCGACUGUGCCUGGAGCAUGUCCACAGUGGGCUUGACUGCCCAGGAGAUCUCUUUUCCCAUAGAAAACCCCUUCCUCAGGGGCAGCUACUGUCACAGCAUGGCUGGAUCCAAACCGUCCUGGAGCUAUCGCCAUGAGCCCAUGGACAACAGCUUCUACUUCAGCAUGGAUACCGCACACACGGAUCACAGCUAUCGGUCGCAGCCAAAGGGUCCACCUCCCAGCUAUGAAAGUAAGCGCCUGUUCUCUCCUAUCCGCCACAUGUUUUCUCCCAAGCAUAAAAGCCAAAAACAUAAACACAGUCCCAGCUCACAGAGGUUACCUCCCAAGAAAUCCCGGCCCUCCCACCUCUCCCUGUCCUGCAGCGCCGAACCAUCCACCCCUAGUCCGGCUGACGACGACCAGGUGGUCCCUUCAUUCCAGAGGCUCUCGUUCUAUGAGUUCAGCAGCCCGCCACAGACGCCGGACAGAUGCUCCAAGCCUCUGCCACCCAUCCCCCCGCAGACAGACAUUUCCUCUGAGCAGGCUAUAGACAACGAAGUAGAAUUUUUUACGAGCACGGAUGAUAACAUCCGCUUGGUGUCCAGCGUUGACCAGAGUUCCAAACCGUCUCCGUUUCGAUACGGGCUCCCCAGCCGAAGGAGCUUCAGGGACUGUGGGCAGAUUAACUAUGCUUACUACGAUGGUCCUUUAGGACCGAAAAGCUCCGGACAGCCCCAGCAGCAGCAGCAGCAGCACCAUCAGGCUCAUCCGCCACAAGAAGUGCGAGAACAGCAUCAGCCGCAAGCACUAGACCCCCCCGCCCCGGCGGUUUGCCAGAGACCCCAGGACAAAGCUCAGAGGAGGCUGCGGCGUUCCCACUCCGGCCCCGCCGGCUCUUUACACAAGCCCUCCCUGCUGCGCCUCACAUGCCACAGGCGUCAUGCCAACAGCACAGAUAAAGCGGAGGUGCCGCCGCCCAUCCCCCCGCGCACGCUCAAGACCGGGGACUGCCGGCGCUGGUCAGCGGAGGUCUCCUCCGGGGCUUACAGCGACGAAGACAAGCCACCCAAGCUGCCCCCGAGGGACCCGCUGUCCAGGGGCAGCUCCCGCACUCCCAGUCCCAAGAGCCUGCCCACCUACACCAACGGGGUGAUGCCGCCCACCCAAAGCUUUGCGCCCGAUCCGAAGUACGUAAGCGGCCGGAGUUUUCACAGACAGAACAGCGAGGGGUCUCCCUGCAUCCUUCCUGUGAUGGAGAACGGCCAGAAGGCCAGCACCACACACUACUACCUUCUGCCUCAGCGUUCCGCCUUUGCAGACUCGCCUUGUGACUUCCACAACAGGCGGAAGGUGGAUUUAGUUUGAAAGAUUUCAGUUGAAACCAUAGAAGACUCUACCGUACAUGAGCAAGGAAGAAAAAAAAAAGACUUGAGGAAAUAAUGAGACUGGACACGAACAACCCCUCAAAUUGCUGCUUUUACUGUUUCUUUUUGUACCACUACAUAUUCUGAACGCACAGGGUAUGUGUGCACUGUAUACAGUUACUGGGAAUGUUGGAGUAGCUAUCACAGUUGAGAUACUUUCAGUGAAACAGUAUCUGGCUAAAGAUUGUGGGCAAGAUUCAGCAUUUUAGAGCUUAUUUUUUUAUAAGGUUUUAUUUCAUGACAUUCAUUGUUGUAUUUUGUUUUUCUUGUGCAGAUAAUGCGAUACAAUCAGGGGGCAAGCAGGGCUUGAACCUAAUGUACUCAGUGUUUUGUGUGUGGAAUGGUGAGGAUGUUUUGUGUAAUGCACCAGGGCUUUGUUUGAUGCUACUUUUGUAUCUCACAAGGGACAAAAGGUCAGUAAUGUAACUGUGUCUCACUUAAAAUAUGAAGUCUAAAUCUAAGCCCAGUGAAAUUUAAACAUAAUGAAGGAUGCUAGCACACAAAUCUCCGGUCUGUUUGCUAAUAUGAAUCAACAAUGGCAUGGUUUUUUCUUCUUCGAUGAAGCUUCAGUUCACACUCAAGCUAACUAUGCUGGUAAAAUGUAGUGUUUCUUCCAAAAAGGCACAUUGUUGCUUGUAGCUGCUCAUGUUUGCUUGGAAAUGUGCAGCUUAUAUGGUGUAGUUGUCUGUUGAGGAGCAUAUUUGCGUCUGUUUGUGUGGGAUCGUGACUGUGCAUAUGUGUAAGUGGAGAGCACUUGGCAAAGUGUUCAGGCGGUGCAGCAAAGAAUGGCUUUCUGCUGCCAGACAGUUGUCAACCGUGCUUGUUACGAUGUGCUGCUUGUUUGCAGUACACUCAUUUGAUUGCUUUUUUUCGGUGCCCAGGUCGGUUUUGUUGCACAGAAAUUGGUCUGCUGGAUGUAAGUGUGUAUAUAUGCUACUCUCGCUGAAAUUCCCUUACGCAGUUGAAGGAUUUUUUUUUAUUUUUUACUGUUGGUCAAGCUGUGAUUAAUUGCUUGAAACGAAUUAGCCUCCAGGCCUACCUCACUAUGAUAUUAACCCAAUAUUUCACAUUCUCACUGUUUAAAGUGUGCCCAAUGUUCAAAUCUGGCAUUCUAAUCUACUAAAAUUGAGGUAACAGCGUCAUAGGUGACCUGACAAAAUGCUCUUUUAAAACAAAUUCAGUUACAUUCGAGUUAUAAGCCACUUCUAACCAGGUAUCCAUAAAUAGAGAUUUUUAGACCAUGCAGAUCUUAGAUCAGAGAUGUUAGCCUAACCUGUUUAUACAGGCACAUUACAAAGACAGUGAAGGGUUUACCUGCCUGACACAGACUUUCCUGUUCUGCACAUGCAUUCCUGCCUUUACGUGAUUGCAGUGGGUGUGGUCUGACAGACUUUGGCUGCUGGCAGUCAAGAAAAUGUAUGAAUUUUAUUGUUGUAGAUUAUUCACAAAGCGUCAGGAUGUUAUAGAAAAUGUAGCACAUAUGUUGAAGUAACCCUUUGGUAUCAAACCCCGUGUUCAGUUUGGGAAUAUAUCUGCUAAGGUCAAUCAAUCGGUCAUUGAAGUAUACUUUUCCUCUCCCUUCUGCUCACAAGCUUUGCAAACACUAAGUUGCUUUAGAUUUAAAUGUUUGAAAUGUUUACAUCAUACACUAUUUAAUCUUAAGGUAUUCUUAUGUCUUAUCAGAAAUAACAAAGCUGAAUGAAGACUAGUUUAUCAAGAAAAUAACUUCUCUGCUGUGGUGAAGACAUGCACUGGGAGAGUUCAGUAUGCUGUGUACAGUAUUUAACAAUUCCAUUCAUUAUCAUGAACAGUUGAUGAGUAUAUAGUCUUGAAAAAGGAAGCCAAAUAAAAGAGACUUAUUUAUGA